AUCGCAAGGACACGAGUCAGUGAGCGAAUAUUCCAAGCUGCGGAUUGCAGUACUAAGAUGAGCUCGAGUCUAUCAAGAUAAUUUAAAUCCCAAUCUUUUGAUCUAGAGGGAAACCAGCCACAGACUGAGUACUGGGUCUACUAGUCAGAGAUCCCGGAUUGUCCCGCCCGGAUAAAAGCACACGAGAGCAACCAACCACGAAAUGUUGUGGUGGACGGCACGUCGGGUCUGGAAAGCGGAGGUUCUGCACAUAUAUAGUGGUGUCCCAAAAACCUCAUUUGAUGCCCACGCCUUGUUCGCUACGCGAUUCUCGACCCAAAGUGCCGGACGGAAAAUGCGUCUCCCUUACGCUCCAACUGAGCCGGCCUCGCCGGACGCCGACACGGCGGACAUUUACGCGCGCAUUGCCGCCCGCCGCCAUCCGCGCCCGCUCAUUCCUCUCGAUCUGUCGCUCCUUCACUCACCCCCUGUCGCGGACGGCUGGAACAGUUUUCUCGGCGCCAUCCGCACGCGCACGAUCAUUGAUCAGGGGCUGCUGGAAUUGGCCGUGUGUCGCGUGGCGGUUCUCACCAAUGCCGUAUACGAAUGGAACGCCCAUGCCCCGCUAGCUCUACGCGGAGGGGUCCGUCCCGAGGAGCUGCAGGCCGUGCGUACGCUGCCGUCGGUGGCUGUUGGCACCUCAGAGGAGCUGGCCGCUGCUGUUGAGGCCCUGGAGCAGAGUUCGUUGACUGCGCGGCAACGUGCUGCGGUUCAGUACGCGGAUGAGAUGACGCAGACGGUGCGAGUGCAGGACACGACAUUCGCCCGUUUGCAGGAACAAGGGUUCUCAGAUCGAGAGAUUGUCGAGUUGACGACAGGCAUCGCGGGCUAUAACUGCGUGAGCCGCGUGUUGGUGGCCCUGGAUGUCGGAGAGAAUAAUGGACGCGAGAUGAAGAGUGUGGACGAGUUGGUGGCCCAACAAGGCCGUUGAUUGGGAGUCAGCCUCUGGAAGUUGAGAUAGUGGCAGACAAGGCUGCAAUCUCAGAUCCUCGACGCUGCCCGGCGUUCCUCAGAUGCACACCUCAUUGUCAAUAUACCUCAAGUUUACGAAAGCAACAAUAAUGCAAAGAACCAAAAGGUCAGAGCUGGCAGCAGCCUGGUUGAGAAUAAAUUGUGAUACAAAUCCAAAAC